AUGCCAUCGUUCGACGAGAAACCACUUACUACCUCCGUACAUCCUCCAGCCGAUUCGACUACUUCCUCAUCAGAUAACCUUCCUCGGGUACAUCUGUCGCCUGCCCACAACUAUUUCGCCAGCAAAGAGGGGAGCCUGUGCCCUCCGAACGGCGAAUUCGAUCCGUGUCAGACAUCAAACCCUUGCUCUCCUUUCUACAACCACGACACACCUCGAGGCUCAAUGGACAACUUCAAGUCGAAGACCUCUCUUCAUGUCUCUGUCCGAGAUUUAGAAGCCCAAAACGGCCUUACACCUUCUCAAACGAAUGACCCUCGACCAAGUCCUGCUGACGGAGGCGCCCUGAAGCCAUGGACAACAAACGCGGGCAUAUUCGGUCGAGAAAAGUCACGAUGUCUGACAAAACCGAAGCAACGGGGGUGUCAUUGCAUGUCAAAUCUGCCGAAGAGGCAGAAGUUUCUGAUAAAACUGCUGAUUGCGCUUGUCAUCGUUGGUGCGAUGGUUGGCAUUGGCGUUGGUAUUAGCUUGAGGGUUGGCGGCGGAGUGUACAAGGAUGAGAACAGCACAGCAAAGAUUGGUAAUGUUUGA